GACGAAGAAACGGAAAACGUUGAAGACACCCAGGACACCGGGGUUGUAACACACUGAGUUCAAAGUAUGUUCAGGUUGAAUAGAUCAGCUUGUGUGUUUUCACAGUUGUGUCACCUUGCGAACACACACAUGAGCGCGAGGACAGUGAACAGCGUCACGAGCCUGUAUCAGCGGCUCAGGGCCUUGUCCGUUCUUUCCGGAGUCCAGGAGUUAAAUAAACACACGUCUAAGUGUUACCGAAACGUCUGUCCGCCUUCACACAAAAGGCUGGACAGAACAACUGAUGCUGACAGAUGCAGGAGGAUGUUCCAUGUGACCGGUCAUGCACAAGAUAAAGCCACAUCUGUGCAUAAAUGUGAACUGUCAGAGGCAGCAUUUGAGAAGCUGGCUGAUGAUACGUUGGAUCCUCUGGCCGAAUAUUUUGAAGAUCUGACAGAUGAACCGUACACUGGACCAGACUAUGAUGUUUUCUUCUCUAGUGGUGUGUUGACUGUGAAAGUGGGGGGGGGUCAUGGGACAUACGUCAUCAACAAACAGACGCCAAACAAACAGAUCUGGCUUUCUUCUCCCACCAGUGGGCCUAAACGCUAUGACUGGACAGGUGAACGCUGGGUAUACACUCAUGAUGGCAUUAGCCUUCACCAGCUGCUCUCAGCAGAGUUUUCCAUCAUCUUCAACAGGACCAUGGACCUGUCUGAGUUGCCCUGUUCCUGAGAAGCUGCACCUGCUGCUGUGAAUCAUGGGAAAUCAAGUGGAAGCUGAAGGGCAUUCUUUUCAAUUAUUUUGUACUUAAUAAUUCAUCACUCUUUAAUGACAUUAACAUCUGCAGUCUGCCUACAACAAAGCUUAGUUUUUUAGCUCUGAAAAUUGACUUAUUAGAGCUAUAUUUGCAUGUUUUUUUCAGUAUUUUCAGUGUUAUGUAUGUACUUAGGGGAUCUUUCAGUGUGGAGUUUGCGUGUUCUCUCAGUGUUUGUAUGGGUUCUUUCAGCCCUGCGAUGAACUGGCAACAUGUCCAGGGUGUACCUAGUCUUUGCUGGAAACAUAGCUGGGUUAAGCUUCAGCACCCCUGCAACCCUACCGAGGAUAAAGCGGUUCGGAAGAUGAAUGAAUGAAUGUUACUACUUUUACUUUAAUAAAGUGUCUGAAUACUGCGUCAACA